AUUCUUUUAGGCUGUCGAGCUCGGCCGCAAGCCUACCGCAACGGAGCUGUAUACUCGGAUGCACUCCACGAAAGCUGAUAAGGGUGUCAUGGUAGACAAGAGGGCCCAAGACAUGAGUGAUGCAAUUGCUCAGAGACUUGCUGCUGCAUCGCAGCCGCCGACCGGAGAGGGUGGUUCGUCUAGCACAGCAGAAGUCGACGAGACGCAGCUAUUUCUGGAUAUCGAGGGCGUCAACAAGAAGCGGCGUGUCUACGGGCUGGGUUCAGCGACUAGUGCGUACGUGGAUACGACGACGUCUAGUAGGGCGAGGACCAGGUCCACACAGUCACAGCGAACUGAGGAGGAGAUCGAGCGGCGUGUGCGGGCGGGGAUCCAGGACGGACUGCGCCAGAUUACCACUGAGGUGGAGGAUCUCCGUGCCCAGCAGGCGAGAACCAAUGAGAGGAUGGCCGAGAUUAUUCAGGCCGAGAUGGCGAAGAUGAUGCAGACUCUUCCUCCGCAGUAUCGCCCACCCCCAGGUCCUUCAGACGAUAACGACACUCCGACUUUGUAG